UUCCAGUUCUAGUUUACAACACCCACAGUCACAGAGAACAGCGCAAAACAGAGAAAAGAUGUCUGGGGUCGUCAUCAAGAGCGCUGCGGGCGGACGCAUAGAACUGGCAAGUGAUCGCAUGCUUGGGCCACAGCGAGCGCGUCAACACGAUUUAGACGAGACGAUGUUCGGACAUCGGACGAAGCGCGAGGACUAUAUUCCAGGCUGUCAUGAGGGCGAACGCGGUCGCAGACACUUCAGCGUGCCGACGGACAUGGCGGGAGUAGUGCAGCACCGAUUGAGCGCAGCAGUGGCUCGAGAGAAAGAGGAAGCGGAUGGUCUCAGAUCACCCACCCGUCGACGGUCGUCCCAAGGCAGAGAUGGAAGGGAUACAACUGGUCUUCCUCAUGACGAGGUUGAGUUGUACGAAAGAGGAGGAGAGGAUCGGGUCUCCUAUGCGCAAGAUGGACAAGAAUUUCUAAGGCGAGAACACGGAACUAGGCGAUCUCAGAGUCCGCACUACGCAGCUGAGUACAACGAGGAAGAAGAGCACCACGCAGUUAGGUUGGAGACAGGGACUACAGGAACCACUCAUGCUGCUGUUUUGAAGCGACAGAAGCCGAUCUACACAACCAUGCAGCUGAACAAUCUUCGAAGAAACUCCUCUUCAUCUCUUACGGCCAAGGGGUGAAAGACUAAGUAGAUGAAACUGACAACAGUGACACAGACACUGUUUUCCUGUUGCGUUUUCAAGUAUCACUAUCUUCUUCUAGGAGAGUGAGUUGGAUUCUUAUUUCUCAAGAGUCUCUACGUCAGCGUCUACACCUGCCAAGUAAGUAUUUCGUCUUCUAAUCGCGCCCCGCGAUAUUAUGCUGAUGGAAGAGCAAUUACAAAAAAGAGUGGUUUAC